CUCCUCAGGCAGACACACCGAGGGACGGUGGUGUUUGAAGAGGAGCCGUGCGUAUUAACGCUCACAGUGUGUGUGUAUGCGUCCUGCGAAGGUUGAAGAGCCCACUGCGCUCAGACGGGACAGGAGUGCUGGACCCGGCACCAAGUGAUAAGCCGUCACAGAGGAGGAGGAGGAGGUGGAGGAGGCGGAAGAUUCACCGGGCAGCUCGGUCAAUUGGCUUUGAUUUGUCCACCUCCACACGCGUCUCUCCCUGCGCAUGUUUACGCGCGGCUGAGAGGGAAAGCGCACAGUUUAGUUUAGAAGAAGGGUCCGGUUGAGCCCGAGCGGCUCCAGAGAUUUGACUAUAUAUCAUUUUUUUAUUUAAGCAUCCCGCUUUCCCCCCCCCCGUCACCCUGUCCCCUCUGAGCCAGUAGUGGCAGAGGGCGCGGGAGAACCGGGUGGACGGAUCGCGGAGCUGCGCGCCUCCCCGGUGCCUGAUCCACUGGAUGCGGAAUGAUGGAUUAACAGACAUCUCCGGACCCUGCCUUUUAUUUUUUUGCUUUCUUUUUCACCACCCCUGUCCACCUCGGGAUUAUUUCAGCUCGCACUGGUCUCCCCUCCAUCCUUCUCGAGAUGACCGAGGAAUGUGUUCUGCGGUGCGUCCUGAUGCUCUGCUGUGCGCUCCUCUCCGCCAACGCCAGUAACUGGCUGUACUUGGCCAAGCUGUCGUCAGUUGGAAGCAUCAGGGAUGAGGAGACGUGCGAGAGGUUACGAGGCCUCAUCCAGAGACAGGUUCAGAUCUGUAAGCGCAGUGUGGAGGUAAUGGAUGCGGUGCGUCGUGGAGCCCAGCUGGCGAUAGAUGAGUGUCAGUUUCAGUUUCGAAACCGCCGAUGGAACUGCUCCACACUCGAGACAAUGCCUGUGUUUGGCAAAGUGGUCACCCAGGGCACCCGUGAGGCCGCCUUUGUGUAUGCCAUCUCAGCAGCCAGUGUGGCGUUUGCGGUCACGAGGGCCUGCAGCAGCGGAGAGCUGGAAAAAUGUGGCUGUGACCACAAUGUACAUGGAGUCAGUCCAGAGGGGUUCCAGUGGUCGGGCUGCAGUGACAACAUUGCGUAUGGUGUGGCUUUUUCUCAGUCCUUUGUGGACGUGAGAGAGAGGAGUAAAGGCCAGUCGUCCAGUCGGGCUCUCAUGAACCUGCACAACAAUGAGGCUGGGCGAAAGGCCCUCUUGUCCCACAUGCGUGUGGAGUGCAAAUGUCACGGAGUCUCGGGCUCCUGUGAGGUGAAGACCUGCUGGAAAGCCAUGCCGCCGUUCCGCAAGGUGGGCAACAUCAUCAAGGAGAAGUUUGACGGCGCCACUGAGGUGGAGCAGCGCAAGGUGGGCACCACCAAGGUCCUGACGCCUCGCAACUCCCAGUUCAAACCUCACACGGACGAAGACCUGGUCUACCUGGAGCCCAGUCCAGAUUUCUGCGACUACGACCCACGCACGCCGGGUAUGCUGGGCACGGUGGGCCGCCAGUGUAACAGAACGUCAAAGGCCAUUGACGGCUGCGAGCUGAUGUGCUGCGGCCGCGGCUUCCAGACGCAGGAGGUGGAGGUGGUGGACAGGUGCAGCUGCAAGUUCCACUGGUGCUGUUAUGUCAAAUGCAAACAGUGCCGCAAAAUGGUGGAGAUGCACACUUGCCGGUGAUGGGAUUGGGAGCGUGGAAAGCACUGCUGAUGGACAAAACAAACGCCCCCCCACUCUUUAUCAAUUAACAAGGCUGGAGGGAGCAAGGAGGACUUGUGAAGCUCCUUCUUCUCCUGCUCCAAACCACCCCGCCCGCCUACUCCUGGAAACAGACUGAGUGGCUAAGAGGUCAAAGGUCAUUCUAUUCAUUUCAUGCCACCGUGUAUGGAUAUGGGUAGUUUAUGCAUGGGAUUUCCUACAAAUCCCAUACACAGAGGCAGUUUGUUUCUUCUCAAGUAGAGAGCAUCUUUCACUCUCAGUCCCCCUCCCUCACUCUCGUAUUUGAUUUGUCAUUGAUGCUUAUUAUUUUUGUAAUGUUUAACUUAUUUGUUGAGACUGACGGGGGGUGGACCUAGGAGGAGGGGACGUACGAGUGAAGAUAAGAGACAAAGUGGACCCAUGGGUUGGCAGGUGGAUGGGUGGGAUUAAGGGGGGGUGUCAAGAGGAGUGUUAUUUGCCCUCUGUCCUUGCUGCUGCUGCUUCGAUGACUCAUUUCGUGGAUGUCAAAAAAGGGAGACGCCAGGUCUGUCAGAGGACUUGAACAACAAAGAGGAGCGAGUCGUGGAUGGACCUUCUGCGAUUUGCAUCCUCGGUGUAACAUGGCUGUGCAGCGCUGGGGUGCAGUUGCUGUUAGGUCAAUAUUUUACCCCCUGCAAUGCCCUGAUGCUGCUCCACUCACGCACACACACUAAUACACACAUAUACUCACACACUCUGUCUCUGUCCUGGAGGAUGAUGAUGAUGAAGAUGAUGAUGAUGAUGAUGAUGAUGAUGAUGAUGAUGAUGAUGAUGAUGAUGAUGAUGAUGAUGAUGAUGAUGAUGAUGAUGAUGAUGAUGAUGACGGCGACGAUGAUGAUGAUGAUGAUGAUGAUCAUGAUGAUCAUGAUGAUGAUGAUGAUGAUCAUGAUGAAAAUGAUGAUGAUCAUGAUGAAACUGAUGAUGAUCAUGAUGAAACUGAUCAUGAGGAAAAUGAUCAUGAUAAUGAUCAAGUUGAUGAACAGGUGAAAGCCACUGUCUGCUACUUUCUGUUUUUUCUGUCGGCCAUGACAGGUGACUGGCAUCAGACACAAAACAAUCACAAACUUAACUUAAAACAACUCUAAAACAACAACCGUAUUCAUUCAUAGCUGCUACCUGCAACAGGAAACCAGAAACCUUGUACUGAAACCGCUUCCAGAUCAGAUCGAAAAUGAACAUUGUGUUGUGAAUAUGUUGCGUGCCCAUUUUGAUUGAUUUAGAUCUUGGCCUCCUCUUGCAAGCCGGCAUCUGCCAGAUGCUAGUUGACUUAACGCAAACACAAGUAAACAAACAGCGACGUGCAUGCACCAGCAAACACACAGUGUAAACACACACACACACACACACACACACACAAAGGGGUCUGAGAGGGCUGCCGAGCAUGUUCACCAUGCAUGAUGACUGAAGCACUUUCUCUCCAAGCGCACAUAGAGCUCUCGCUCCACAACAAGCAUCCAACCACAUAUUAAGUGUUUCUAUCUCUCUUUCUCUGACACACACACACACACACAAACACACACACACAGAGUUUCUCAAGCCACUGUCAGGACUCUCUUGUUGUCUUGUACCACCACCAUAAAGCCAAGCUUUCCUAUAAUAACGUGCUAUCAUUAUAGAUACAUACUGUAGAUCUGUAAAGACGUAUACACUGAAGAAGACUAUACUGCCUAUGAAUGUAUGUUAAUACGGAAUAUAUGCUGUGUCAAAAAUGACUGUUGUGAAUUCUUUCCAAAGAAACGACAUGUCGUGUGUGUGUGUGUGUGUGUGUGUGUGUGUGUGUGUGUGUGUGUGUGUGUGAGAGACUGAGUGA